AUGCCAGAAGCAUCACCGCUCUUUGAAGCCUUUAAGCUGGGAAGCACUAAUCUCUCCCACAGAAUUGCUCUGGCACCAUGCACCAGACUCAGAGGAGAGAAAUUGAAGGACUUCUGGAUUCCUGGAGACUUGAUGGUGGAAUACUAUUCUCAAAGGGCCUCUGAAGGAGGCCUCUUGCUCACCGAGGCAUGCCCUAUCUCGGCCACUGCUUGCGGCUAUCUUGGUUCAGCAGGUAUUUUCACACCGGAGCAAAUAGCUGGAUGGAAACGCGUUACAGACGCCGUUCACAAGAAAGGUGGCAAAAUAUACUGCCAGUUAUGGCACGUUGGAAGAGCGACUGUCGCGCAGCUCAUUGGCGGUAUACAACCAAUCUCCGCCGUCUCUACUCCUAUCAAGGGCCCAUCUUUUGUUCCCGGAGUUGACUACGCAGAUGCCCCUCCAAGGGCCAUGUUUGGAUCAGAUUUUGAGGAAAUCAUACAAAAUUUUGUCGAUGCUGCUAAAAUCGCGAUCAACGAUGCCAAUUUCGACGGUGUUGAAGUUCAUGGGGCUAACGGCUAUCUCUUGGACCAAUUCUUCCACGAUAACGUAAACACCAGAAAAGACGAAUACGGCGGAAGCAUUGAAAAUAGAGUCAAGUUUCCUCUUCAAGUUCUAGAGGCAGUUAUUGCAGCCGUUGGUGGGGCAAAAACUGGAAUUCGACUUUCUCCUUAUAACUUUUACCAGGACACCAAGGACUCUGAUCCAAAUAAAAACUGGGCUUACAUUUGCGAAAAGAUUGCAGACCUCAAGGAAACCGUCUCAUAUGUUCAUAUGAUUGAGCCUAGGUUUGAUGAGGUACUUUCUGAGGAGGACAAGCUAAAGUCACUGGAGGAUCAAGUUAUUAGAAGACAAGAGUUUUCACUGGACCCUUUCAGAAACAUUCUCAAAGCCAGGGGAAUUGCCUUCAUUCGUGCAGGUGGUUUUAGCAAAGAGGAUGCCAUUGAAAAACUUUCUGCUGGAAAAGCUGACAUUAUUGCCUUUGGGAGAAGCUUCCUGUCGAACCCCGAUCUGGUGGACCGUUACGCUAAAGACUUGGCCCUAUCGAAGUAUGAUAGAUCUACCUUCUAUGGUUCCAACCCACCGAACACUGGAUAUACUGACUAUCCCGUUUUUGCCGAGUCAGAAUUAGCGGCUUAA